AUGGGGGCGUCCACGCGGCUACUGCGCGCAGUGAUCUUGGGGGCGCCGGGCUCCGGCAAGGGCACCGUGUCGUCGCGCAUUACCCAACACUUCGAGCUGAAGCACCUCUCCAGCGGGGAUCUGCUCCGAGGCAACAUCCUUCAAGGCACAGAAAUUGGUGUGUUAGCCAAGACUUUCAUUGAACAAGGGAAGCUCAUCCCAGAUGAUAUCAUGACUCGGCUGGCCUUGCAUGAGCUGAAAAACCUCACCCAGUAUAACUGGCUCUUGGAUGGUUUCCCAAGGACUCUUCCUCAGGCAAAAGCCCUGGAUAAAGUUUAUAAAAUAGACACCGUGAUUAAUCUGAAGGUGCCCUUUGACGUCAUUAAGCAGCGCCUCACAGCUCGCUGGAUUCAUCCGGCCAGCGGCCGAGUCUACAACAUCGAAUUCAACCCUCCCAAAUCUGUGGGCAUCGAUGAUCUGACUGGGGAGCCUCUCAUGCAGCGUGAGGACGAUAAACCAGAGACGGUUGCCAAGAGACUGAAGGCUUACGAAGCUCAGACAGAGCCAGUCUUGGAAUACUACCAGAAAAAAGGAGUGUUGGAAACAUUCUCCGGAACCGAAACCAACAAGAUCUGGCCUGAUGUAUAUGCCUUCCUACAAACAAAAGUGCCACAAAUAAACCAGAAAUCAUCAGUUACUCCUUGAGGAAAAGCCGGUGUAACUACUUUUGAUAAAAUUCCCAGUGACAACAUACUACAUAGAUUCAAAAAUUACUGAAUCAUAGCUAAAUUUGGAUGGAAGUCCACAGAUGAGCCAUUGAAAACUGUGUUAGAUCAUCAAAAAGCAGUUCUGCUGAUCAUAAAGACAGUAAUGUCAAAGAUUCAUAUGACUUUGAAUAAAACUUUUGUAAAAUUUUAAAGAAAA